AUGUCCGACACGAUCGCCGACCUCAGCGCGACGCCCGCCGAGGGCCAGCGCAUCAAGCACAACAAUGUCGCUUACACGACUGUCAAGGAGGGCCUCGCCCACAUUCUAAUUCCCGAGGACUCGGCGAAGAAAGGCCAGACUGUGCAGCAGGUCUUCUACAACCCCAUCCAGCAGUUCAACCGCGACUUGACUGUCCUCGCCAUGAAGGCCUACGGAAAGGAGCGCAUCCAGCAGAAGCAAGCCGCCAGCAGAGCCCGCGCUGGCAAGCUUGCCGACAAAAAGAGGAAGCGGAAAGAGCACACUCAGACCGGCCGGCCGGCAAAAUCUCCAAAGCUGGGCGAAAACGCCGUCGAGUCGGCUGAAGCACAGGUGGAUAUUGAGAUACGAGAUGACGCACCCGGAGAGCAAACCGAGCAGUAUGGCGAAGGGGAAACGACGGCGGAGACUGAGUUGGGGACGCAUGCGAUUGACGAUACCGAGGCGAAGAAGGAGCAACCCAUCACAUUCACCAUCCUCGAUGCGCUCUCCGCCAGCGGCCUUCGAGCCCUGCGCUAUGCCCACGAAAUACCCUUCGUCACGAGCGUGACGGCAAACGAUAUCCUCAAGGCUGCCGCCCAGGCGAUUGAGCGCAACGCUAUUCACAAUGGGCUCCGUGACAAGAUCAACAUAUCGGUUGACGAUGCACUUGCCCACAUGUACGACAUUAUCGUUCGUGAACUUCGCCGAGUCACGUUGUCCAAGAAUAAGCCCGGGCCGAGUGAGAAGUACGACAUCAUCGACCUCGAUCCCUAUGGAAGCGCAGCACCUUUUCUGGAUGCCGCUGUUCAGGCAGUGCGCGACGACGGAGGACUGCUGUGCGUAACUUGUACUGAUUCAGGCAUUUGGGCUUCUAAUGGCUACCCGGAAAAAUGCUAUUCUCUGUAUGGUGGUAUCCCUGUGAAGGGCUGGUAUUCACAUGAGGUCGGCUUACGGCUUAUUCUGCACGCCAUCGAGACCUCGGCCGCAAGAUACGGCCUGGCCAUGGAGCCCUUGCUGUCGCUGUCGGUCGACUUCUACAGCAGAGUAUUUGUCCGAAUUCGCAAGUCUCCGUCGAUGGUAAAGUUCCAGGGCGGCAAGAACAUGAUCGUCUACAGCUGCGGCGGCGGCUGCGGCGCCUGGACGACGCAACUUCUUAUGAAAAACAAGCCGGCGCCCAACAAGAAGGGCAGCGGCAUCUUCUACAAGCACGGCUUCACCAGGGCUCCGACGACGGGCACGUCAUGCGAGCACUGCGGGUCGACGAUGCAUCUCGCAGGGCCGAUGUAUGCGGGCCGCAUCCACUCGCCUGAAUUCGUCAAGAGUGUCAUCGCGGAAGCAGAAGAAGCGUCCCCCGAAAUCUACGGCACAAAGGAAAGAAUCAGGGGUAUGCUGCAGACGGCGCUCGAAGAGUUCCUCCCUUCCCCCGAAGAGAUGGCGGCCCAGUUGAGCGAGAACGGCGACGGCACGAAGAAGUUGAAGAAGAGCUUGACUGAAGCCCAAUUAGCGGCGAUCGAUCCGUACCCCUUUUUCUUCCACCCCGCGCAAGUGUCAGGCGUUCUGCAUUGUGCUAGUCCUCCAGAGGCCGCUCUACGCGGCGCCCUGCUCGGCCUCGGCUAUCGUGUUACUCGGAGUCACUGUAAGCCCGGAAGCAUGAAGACGGAUGCGCCCUGGUCUGUCAUCUGGCACGUCUUCAGGGAAUGGAUCCGCCAAAAGGCGCCAGUCAAAGAGGAAAACAUCAAGCCGGGCAGCGUCGCUUACCGGCUCCUGGGUCUGGGAACGAAAGCUGAGGGUCCGAAGCCUGAUGCGACAAAAAAUGACAAGAAUGAAGACAAGGAAACGGACAGCCCUGCUUCCCCCAAGUCUGAUGCGAAGCCGGCAGAUGAUGCCAACAAACCCAAAGAAAUUGUUUUUGACGAGCGACUCGGACGAUACCAGGACAAGGGCAAAUAUGUCCGGUACCAGGAGAACCCAAGGGAGAACUGGGGUCCAAUGAACCGGGCCAAGGGGAAGUGA